CGCGGUUAAGCGGGCUGCGCCGCCGUCACCGCCGCCGCGCUGACUUUGCCCUUUAAAUCGGUCUCCAAGCCGAUUACAGCUGAUCUCCCACGUGACGUUUUACCUUCUGUCUCCCGGAGCGAGUUGCCCGAGGACAGUCCUCCACAGGCUGCGGCGCGUCGCGCCGCCCCAGCCCGCCGCGGGGGCUCGGGCUCCCGCAACUUUGGGCAAAGCAACGGCGGCCGGCUGCCCUCGCGGGGCCACUCUCCACGCGGGCGUCGGGGGCUCCGGGGGCUUCGCUCGGCCGGGAGGGCGGCGGUGGCGGAAGACAACGUGCCCCGACCGCAGCCCAGCGCCCCUCGGACCCGCGCCGCGCCGCGCCCGGAAGGCAGACGGCGUGCCCUGUGCGCGGCGCCCGGAAAGGGGGAGUCCUCCGCCGUCGGGAGCCGAGCGGGCGCGCCUUCGGACGAGCCGGCGGGAGAUGGCCGCGAGGCAGGGGUGAGCCCCCAGCGCCCUCACCAUGCAGAAGAGCGUGCGCUACAACGAGGGGCACGCCUUGUACCUGGCCUUCCUAGCCCGCAAAGAGGGCACCAAGCGCGGCUUCCUGAGCAAGAAGGCAACCGAGGCGAGCCGCUGGCACGAAAAGUGGUUCGCCCUCUACCAGAAUGUGCUCUUCUACUUUGAGGGCGAGCAGAGCUGCCGCCCGGCGGGCAUGUACCUCCUGGAGGGCUGCAGCUGCGAGCGGGCACUCGCGCCGCCCAGGGCCGGGGCCGGGCCGGGCGGCGCCCGGGACGCUCUGGAUAAGCAGUAUUACUUUACUGUUCUUUUUGGCCACGAAGGUCAGAAACCACUAGAGCUGCGCUGUGAGGAGGAGCAGGACGGUAAAGAGUGGAUGGAGGCCAUUCACCAAGCCAGUUAUGCAGACAUUUUGAUUGAGAGGGAGGUGUUAAUGCAGAAGUACAUUCAUCUAGUUCAGAUCGUAGAGACAGAAAAAAUUGCAGCUAACCAACUCCGACAUCAACUUGAAGAUCAAGAUACAGAAAUCGAAAGGCUUAAAUCAGAGAUUAUCGCUCUUAAUAAAACCAAGGAACGAAUGCGACCUUACCAAAGCAACCAAGAAGAUGAGGAUCCAGACAUCAAGAAGAUUAAAAAGGUUCAGAGCUUCAUGCGAGGAUGGUUAUGUAGAAGGAAAUGGAAGACCAUUGUGCAGGAUUACAUUUGUUCCCCUCAUGCUGAAAGUAUGAGGAAGAGAAACCAGAUUGUGUUCACCAUGGUUGAGGCCGAGUCGGAGUACGUUCACCAGCUCUACAUCCUGGUCAACGGCUUCCUGCGGCCCCUGCGCAUGGCGGCCAGCUCCAAGAAGCCCCCCAUCAGCCACGAUGAUGUCAGCAGUAUUUUUCUCAACAGUGAAACAAUCAUGUUUCUUCAUGAAAUCUUUCAUCAAGGACUGAAGGCAAGGAUAGCCAAUUGGCCUACUUUAAUUUUAGCUGAUCUGUUUGAUAUUUUGCUCCCCAUGCUGAACAUUUAUCAAGAAUUUGUGCGUAAUCACCAGUACAGCCUCCAAGUGCUCGCCAAUUGUAAGCAAAACAGAGAUUUUGACAAACUCUUAAAACAGUACGAAGCUAACCCUGCCUGUGAGGGGAGGAUGCUGGAGACGUUCUUGACCUAUCCAAUGUUUCAGAUCCCCAGGUAUAUCAUCACACUUCAUGAACUCCUAGCCCAUACUCCCCAUGAGCAUGUGGAGAGGAAAAGUCUGGAGUUUGCUAAAUCCAAACUAGAAGAACUGUCCAGGGUCAUGCAUGAUGAAGUGAGUGACACUGAAAACAUAAGGAAGAACCUCGCCAUAGAAAGAAUGAUCGUAGAGGGCUGUGAUAUUUUGCUGGACACUAGCCAAACUUUCAUCCGCCAAGGUUCUCUUAUUCAAGUACCUUCCGUUGAGAGGGGGAAACUUAGUAAAGUUCGCCUGGGUUCAUUGUCUUUGAAAAAGGAAGGAGAAAGACAAUGCUUCUUGUUUACAAAACACUUUUUAAUUUGUACAAGAAGUUCAGGAGGAAAGCUACAUCUGCUCAAGACAGGUGGAGUUCUCUCUCUAAUAGAAUGUACAUUGGUUGAGGAGCCCGAUACAAGCGAUGAUGACUCCAAAGGUUCUGGGCAAGUGUUUGGACACCUGGAUUUUAAAAUAGUGGUGGAGCCUCCUGACGCUGCCCCUUUCACUGUGGUCUUGUUAGCACCUUCACGCCAGGAGAAAGCUGCCUGGACAAGUGACAUCAGUCAGUGUGUGGACAACAUACGGUGUAAUGGUUUAAUGACUAUAGUGUUUGAAGAAAAUUCCAAAGUUUCUGUGCCACAUAUGAUUAAGUCUGAUGCCCGUCUUCACAAGGAUGACACUGACAUUUGCUUCAGUAAAACACUCAACUCCUGCAAAGUGCCCCAGAUCCGUUAUGCCAGCGUGGAGCGCCUCUUGGAGCGACUGACAGACCUGCGGUUUCUUAGUAUCGAUUUCCUCAAUACCUUUCUGCACACCUAUCGGAUUUUCACGACGGCAGCCGUGGUGCUGGGGAAGCUUUCUGACAUAUACAAGAGGCCUUUCACCUCUAUCCCCGUCAGGUAGGCCCGGUCGUUGGAAUUGUUUUUCGCUACCAGCCAGAAUAGCAGAGGUGAACACUUGGUGGAUGGCAAAUCCCCGCGCCUGUGUCGCAAAUUCUCUUCCCCACCACCACUGGCUGUGUCCAGAACGUCCUCCCCAGUGAGGGCCAGAAAGUUGUCCUUGACUUCUCCCUUGAACUCAAGGAUAGGAGCGUUGGACCUGACCACCUGCUCAGCGUCCAGCAGUCCCACCACCACUCACAGCCCUGCUGCAUCCCCACCACCACACACUGCAGUGCUGGAGUCUGCACCGGUGGACCGAGCAGGAGUGGAAAGCUCCCCCGCGGCAGAUGCCACCGAACCUUCACCUUGCAGGUCACCCUCAACUCCUCGGCACCUCCGCUACCGCCAGCCCGGAGGACAGACCGCCGACAACUCCCACUGCUCUGUUUCGCCUGCUUCUGCUUUUGCAAUUGCCACAGCUGCAGCAGGACAUGGGAGUCCACCUGGAUUUAACAACACCGAGAGAACAUGUGACAAAGAGUUUAUCAUACGUAGAACAGCCACCAAUCGCGUACUGAACGUCCUCCGUCACUGGGUCUCAAAGCACGCACAGGAUUUCGAACUCAACAACGAACUAAAGAUGAACGUCCUAAACUUGCUAGAAGAAGUUUUGCGAGACCCAGAUCUUCUUCCCCAAGAACGGAAAGCCACAGCGAAUAUCCUGAGGGCCCUUUCACAAGAUGAUCAAGAUGACAUCCACCUAAAACUGGAGGAUAUAAUUCAACUGACAGACUGUCCGAAGGCCGAGUGCUUUGAGACCUUGUCGGCCAUGGAGCUGGCUGAGCAGAUCACCCUCCUGGACCACAUCGUUUUCAGAAGCAUUCCCUACGAAGAAUUUCUUGGGCAGGGGUGGAUGAAGCUGGAUAAAAAUGAAAGAACACCUUACAUUAUGAAAACCAGCCAACACUUCAAUGAUAUGAGUAACCUGGUGGCCUCCCAGAUCAUGAAUUAUGCGGAUGUCAGCUCCCGAGCCAACGCAAUUGAGAAGUGGGUGGCCGUGGCGGACAUCUGCCGGUGCCUGCACAACUACAACGGCGUGCUGGAGAUCACCUCAGCCUUAAACAGAAGUGCUAUCUACCGGCUGAAGAAAACCUGGGCCAAGGUGUCCAAGCAGACAAAAGCUCUAAUGGACAAGCUUCAGAAGACUAUUUCAUCUGAAGGAAGAUUUAAAAAUCUCAGAGAAACCCUUAAAAAUUGUAACCCCCCUGCUGUUCCUUAUCUGGGAAUGUACCUGACAGACCUGGCGUUUAUUGAAGAAGGAACACCAAACUUUACUGAGGAAGGCCUCGUCAAUUUCUCCAAGAUGAGAAUGAUAUCACACAUCAUCAGAGAGAUACGCCAGUUCCAGCAGACUUCCUAUCGAAUAGACCAUCAGCCAAAGGUCACUCAGUACUUGCUUGACAAAGCCCUCAUCAUAGAUGAAGAUACACUGUAUGAGCUGUCUCUAAAAAUUGAACCUCGGCUCCCAGCUUGACGAUCCAGCCUUGCCCUGAGUCGGUGGAAUUUUCGUGGAAAGCAGAAGGGACAGAACUGUGCAUGCCACGCCUCCCACAGUGCAGGGAGGACGGGGGUGAUGGAGACGAAGCCAGUCUCCUUUGUCCCCCGAAGAUGAUGGAACCAAACGGGAAUUCUGUCUCCAGCCAGGGGAGCCCAGUUGGUUGGAGUGGAAGACAGAUGCUUCAGACUUGGGUGGGAAGGUGAAGAGAUUGAUAUUUGGUAAAGCUGAAGGCACAUUUGCAUGAGGGAAUAUAAGACGGGAGGUGCUGGUAGCCAUUUUAAUGAAGCAGGUAAGAAGGGGAAUUUGAAACUCUGCUGCAUAUUCUAUUAGAACUCGGGGACGAGGGUCCAUAGAAAAGGCUUGUGAUGUUUCGCUGGCACUUUACUGGCCCGGUGCACCUCCCAGUCUUCUCCUAGGGUUUAACUGCUUCUGUUACAUUUCCUUUGUUACAGGCUUCCAGAAGAGCCGAGGCUGCCUCUGUAGGGAUGGGCCGACACAUAAGCAAUUUCAGUCCUCAGCAUGUGCAUGGUCCUCAGUGCAUCAUAAAUAUUUAUAUUGGAGGAAUGGCAUGUUCUGAAACUGCUCUUUCAGUCUUUAGGCAACAGGACAGGGAAGACAGGUUGAAAGUCAAGUGGAUUUGUAUGUAACAUUUCCAUAAUUAAAAACUCAGUAGCCGUGCCCCUGCGGAGCCCAGCCAGUGGCUCUCUUGAGGUGGAGGAGUGGGGGACUUCUUCCUGAGGCUGUGGAGACCAGGAAGCCAAUGCCCUUGGAGAGACAGGUGCAGGCUUUGCAAAACGAUGCCCACGCACCUCACCGGCAAAACUGUGGAAUACGACAAAAGGCCACAAAGUGCUACAGGGAAGAGUGGGUUUCAAUGCUAAGUGAAAAGAUAUACUUAAAAAUCAUCUCUGCACCUUGCUGUGCUUGUUUUCUUCCCUCCCCCUCCCGCCGCCCCCCACCAUUGGUAAUGUGGGAAUCUAUUCUGAUUUACACAAACCAUUUUUAGCCUCACUAUGAACGUUGAUUGUAUUUUUUUUUAAAAAAAGCUGUUUAGUGGGAUUUUCUUUUUAAAACCCACCCUUCCGUGUGCUGUUGGUAGACGGUUCUUCCUCAGUCUUUAAAUUUUGAGACAUUUCUGAGUGAAAAUAUUGUAAGUAUAUGGGAAAUGGACCCAACCACUCAACAGCCCUUGUGUCAGGAAACCAAAUGCAGGGGUUAGUCCUCCUACCCUAGGCUGGGAAAGCAACCUUGCUUCUCCCAGGAUUGUUGGUUGUUGAAGAAAUAGGGCUAUCUCAUGUUUACCUCCCUCUUCUCUUCUCAGGGAGACCUCUGCUUUCAAAGAAGAGAAAAGAUAUAGAGUUAUUGUUACCUGAGCCUAUGGCAUCUGGCAGGCAUGAAGCAUAUUGAUGCAGACAAUGAAAAAAAAAUUGACCUGGCUGCUUUCUCUCUUUCUUUGCACUUUAAUUAUGUUGUUAGAGCUGACAGCUGACUAAUAAAUUCACCUUGCUGGCUCAUAAGACCCAGGGAACUGAUAA